AUGGCGGGUGCUUCAGUGAACUGCCCGGGGACUGGCGAUGACAUGAAUGGGGACCGGGCGACAGUAAAGAGGCCUCGUCAGGAGGAGACUCACAUCUGUGAGAAAUGCUGCGGAGAGUUCUUCAGCAUCUCUGAGUUCUUAGAACAUAAAAAUUGCACUAAACACCCACCUGUCCUCAUCAUGAACAACAUCGAGGGGCUGACGCCUUCCGGAGACUUCUCAGGGGCUGGGCUGAGCCACCAGCCACACAGUCCAAGCAUUAAGGACAGUCACAGGGAGAAUGGCAGCAGCUCAGGGGACAUGAAGGAGAAGCCAGGGACGGAGUCUGUCCUGUACUUAAAGACGGAGCCCGCCCUGCCACCCACAGCCCAGGACUUAAGCUAUUUACCCAAAGGCAAAGUGGCCAACACUAACGUCACUCUUCAAGCACUACGGGGCACCAAGGUGGCAGUGAAUCAGCGGAGCGCGGACGCGCUGCCCGCCCCCCUGCCCGGUGCCAACAGCAUCCCGUGGGUCCUGGAGCAGAUCCUGUGUCUGCAGCAGCAGCAGCUACAGCAGAUCCAGCUCACCGAGCAGAUCCGAGUCCAGGUGAACAUGUGGGCCGCCCAUGCCCUCCACUCGGGCGCAGCGGGAGCUGACACCCUGAAGACCUUGGGCAGCCACGUGUCCCAGCAGGUCUCUGCAGCCGUGGCUUUGCUCAGCCAGAAAGCUGGAAGCCAGGGUCUGUCCCUGGACACCUUGAAACAAGCCAAGCUACCUCACACAAGCAUCCCUUCCACCACCAGCUCGGUGUCCCCAGGGCUGCUGUCCUUUGCCCUGAGGCCAGAUGCAAGGGUGCUCCCAAACCACAUCCCCGGUGCUUUGCUACCCCCGACCCCAAGCUCUGUGCUCUUCCAGAGCCCUUUCUCCACGGUGGCGUUAGACCCGUCUAAGAAAGGGAAAGGGAAGCCACUCAACGUGUCCCCGGUGGAUGUCAAACCCAAAGACGAGGCCACCCUCUACAGGCACAAGUGUCGGAGCAGUCUCCCAUCAGCAUUUUUCCGCUCCUUGCAGAUCCACCUCCGCUCCCAUACUGGAGAGAGACCCUUCGUGUGCUCUGUCUGUGGCCACCGGUUCACCACCAAGGGCAACCUCAAGGUACACUUUCAUCGACACCCCCAGGUGAAGGCGAACCCCCAGCUGUUUACCGAGUUCCACGACAAAAUGGCAGCAGGCAAUGGCGUUCCCUAUGCACUCUCUGUACCUGUCCCCAUAGAUGAAUCGAGUCUCUCUCUAGACAGCAAACCUGUCCUGGUCACAGGGACCCCCAAUGUAGGUCUACCUCAGAACCUCUCUUCGGGGACUAACCCCAAGGACCUAAUGGGGGGCCCACUGGUCCCCGACCUGCAGCCCGGGCCGUCUCCAGAAAGUGAGGAUGGAUCCCUACUCUCUGGGGUGGGGCCAAACCAUAAUUCCCCAAGGGUUGGUGGCUUCCAAGGGAGAGGGACACCCGAGCCAGGGUCAGAGACCAUGAAGUUGCAGCAGCUGGUUGAGAACAUUGACAAGGCCACCACAGACCCCAACGAAUGUCUCAUUUGCCACCGGGUCUUAAGCUGCCAAAGCUCCCUCAAAAUGCAUUACCGAACCCACACUGGGGAGAGGCCCUUCCGCUGUAAGAUCUGUGACCGAGCUUUCUCCACCAAAGGCAACCUGAAGACACACUUUGCGGUUCACCGAACCAACACGUCCAUAAAGACGCAGCACUCGUGCCCCAUCUGCCAGAAGAAGUUUACCAACGCAGUCAUGUUGCAGCAGCAUAUUCGGAUGCACAUGGGUGGUCAGAUUCCCAACACACCCCUGCCGGAGAGUCCCUGUGACCUGGUGGGUCCCGAGCUGAUGAUGGUGGGUGAGAACGGCAGCACAGGUGCUGUCUGUCACGACGACAUUGUCGAAAGCAUCGAUGUUGAUGAAGUCGGCUCCCAAGAUGCUCCCAGCAGCUCCUCGAAGGUCCCCCUGCCUCUUUCCGGCAUCCACUCGGCAUCGCCCACAACAGGGUUCACCUUGAUGGCCCCCCUGGAGGCCUCGGGGAAGCUGGGUCCUGCUCCUCUGGUCCUGCAGCGACAGAGCAGCCGAGAGAACGGUUCGGUGGAGAGCGAUGGCUUGACCAACGACUCCUCUUCCUCAGUGAUGGGAGACCAGGAGUAUCAGAGCCGAAGUCCAGACAUCCUGGAGGCCACCUCCUUUCAGGCCCUCUCCCCGGCCAAUAGCCAAGCAGAAAGCAUCAAGUCCAAGUCUCCUGAUGCUGGUGGCAGAGCAGACAGCUCGGACAGCAGCCGCACUGAGAUGGAAGGUCGGAGCAGUCUCCCAUCAGCAUUUGUCCGAGCCCAGCCAACCUUUGUCAAAGUGGAAGUUCCUGGUGCAUUUGGACCCGCGCCCAUGUCCCCAGGCAUGGCACCUUUGCGGGCGGCCCAGCCACGCCGCCAGGGCAAGCAGCACGCCUGCACGCGGUGCGGGAAGAACUUCUCGUCCGCCAGCGCCCUCCAGAUUCAUGAGCGGACUCACACUGGGGAGAAGCCUUUCGUGUGUAGCGUAUGUGGGCGAGCUUUCACCACCAAAGGCAACUUGAAGGUUCACUACAUGACGCAUGGCGCCAGCAACAGCUCCGCGCGCCGCGGGAGGAAGCUGGCCAUCGAGAACACCAUGGCUCUUCUAGGAACAGACACAAAGAGGGUCCCAGAGGUGUUUCCCAAGGAAAUCAUGGCCCCUUCAAUGCCGCCUUCCUGA